GGCUGCGCAGGGGCGACCGGCUCGCGCUGCUCUCAGAGGCGUGGGCGCGAAGGGCGGGAGUCAGGCGAGGGAGGGAAGGACGCCGCUCGAGGGCUCUGGGUACGCGCCUAGGGAACGGAACGGGGCGGGAAGGCCGGACAGUGACGGGAGCGUGAGCCACGCCCGAAGUGGAAAGGAAAUUUCCGCCUGCGAGCACACCAGCCGGCCGGCGAGGAAAAAGAGAAGUCGAGGACAGAGCUCUCAUGGUCACGCCCACAAGCGGGGGAGGGGAAUCCGGGCGACUCGAGCUGUGACGCAUGACAGAGGGGCGGGUUCUGUGCCUGCGUCACGAACCGGUUCCCAGCAUUCCCUACGGCACCGGUUAUAUAACCGGCGUCCGGGCGGCUGGGCGGUCCCCAUUCAUUAGAAUCGCCGGUCCUUGCUGAUUUUGCUGUAUCUUCUGUCGCUCGCUUUAGUGCUCGGGCUCUUCUCGCGUCCGCCGCCAUCACCAUGCCUGGUUUUGGUGGUCCUCGCUUUGGAGGAAGCAGAGGUGGACCUUUAUCUGGAAAGAAAUUUGGAAACCCUGGAGAAAAACUUACAAAAAAGAAAUGGAACCUAGAUGAACUGCCCAAAUUUGAGAAGAAUUUUUAUCAAGAGCAUCCUGAUGUAGUUAGACGCACUGUGCAAGAGGUUGAACAGUACAGAGCAAGCAAAGAAGUUACAGUGAAGGGCCAUAACUGUCCAAAACCACUUAUAAAUUUCUAUGAGGCUAACUUUCCUGCAAAUGUUAUGGAAGUAAUUCAGGCACAGAAUUUCACUGAACCAACUGCUAUUCAGGCACAAGGAUGGCCUGUUGCUUUGAGUGGACUGGAUAUGGUUGGAGUAGCACAGACUGGAUCAGGAAAAACACUGUCUUACUUGUUGCCUGCCAUAGUGCAUAUAAACCAUCAGCCAUUCCUAGAGCGAGGAGAUGGACCUAUUUGUCUGGUGCUGGCACCAACUCGAGAACUGGCUCAACAAGUGCAGCAAGUGGCUGCUGAAUAUAGCAGAGCAUGUCGUUUGAAGUCUACUUGUAUUUAUGGAGGCGCUCCAAAGGGACCACAAAUUCGUGAUUUAGAAAGAGGUGUGGAAAUCUGCAUUGCAACACCUGGAAGACUCAUAGACUUUUUAGAAGCUGGAAAGACCAAUCUCAGGAGAUGUACUUACCUUGUGCUUGAUGAAGCUGACAGAAUGCUUGACAUGGGAUUUGAACCUCAGAUCAGAAAAAUUGUAGAUCAGAUAAGGCCUGACAGGCAAACUCUAAUGUGGAGUGCAACAUGGCCCAAAGAAGUUAGACAACUUGCUGAAGAUUUCUUGAAAGAAUAUGUACACAUCAACAUUGGGGCAUUGGAACUAAGUGCAAACCACAACAUUCUUCAAAUUGUGGAUGUAUGUCACGAUGUGGAGAAGGAUGACAAACUUAUUCGGUUGAUGGAAGAAAUUAUGAGUGAGAAAGAAAACAAAACCAUUGUGUUUGUGGAAACCAAAAGACGGUGUGAUGAUCUUACAAGAAAAAUGAGAAGAGAUGGGUGGCCAGCAAUGGGUAUCCACGGUGACAAAAGCCAGCAGGAGCGAGACUGGGUUCUAAAUGAAUUCAAACAUGGAAAAGCUCCCAUCCUGAUUGCUACAGAUGUUGCAUCCAGAGGUCUAGAUGUGGAAGAUGUGAAAUUUGUCAUCAAUUAUGACUACCCUAACUCCUCAGAGGACUAUAUCCACCGAAUUGGACGAACUGCCCGCAGUACCAAAACAGGCACAGCCUACACAUUCUUUACUCCUAACAAUAUAAAGCAAGUAAGCGACCUCAUCUCUGUGCUUCGGGAGGCUAAUCAAGCUAUCAACCCCAAAUUGCUUCAGUUGAUUGAAGACAGAGGUUCAGGUCGUUCCCGAGGUGAUCGACGUGACCGAUAUUCUGCGGGCAAAAGGGGUGGAUUUGGUAGUUUUAGAGAGAGAGAGAAUUUUGAGAGAACUUACGGUGCAGUAGGAAAGAGAGACUUCGGAGCAAAAGCCCAAAACGGUGGCUACAGUGCUCAAACCUACAGUAAUGGAACUCCAUUUGGAAAUGGCUUUGCAGCUGCUGGCAUGCAGGCUGGCUUCAGAGCUGCUGGUAAUCCUGCAGGAGCUUACCAGAAUGGUUAUGAUCAACAGUAUGCAACUAACAUUGCGACUAUGCACAAUGGUAUGAACCAACAGCAGUAUGCAUAUCCUGCCACUGGUGCUGCUCCUAUGAUAGGUUACCCAAUGCCAGCAGGUUAUACUCAAUAACUUUAGAAGUAUAUUUAAAUGUCUGUUUUUUUUCAUAAUUGCUCUUUAUAUUGUGUGUUAUCAAGACAGGAUAGUUAUUUAAGAAACUUAUGGAAAAUGCAGAAAUGACUUCAGUGCAGCAGUAAUUAUGGUGCACUUUUUCGCUAUUUAAGUUGACUAUUUCUCUACAUUCCUGAAACAAUUUUUAGUUUUUUGUACUAGAAAAUGCAGGCAGUGUUUUCACCAAGUAAAUGUACAGUGAUUUGAAAUACAGUAACAGAGGGCAGUGCAUGGCCUUCCAAUAAAGGAUAUUUGAAGACUGAA